AUGCUGAAAUUCCAAGAGACUAAGUGUGCAAGAGGGUGCACAGCCACUUCCAAGCAUCCAGCUCCCUUGAUUGCAAGAAGAUAUGUUCUUCAGCAGAAACUUGGCAGUGGAAGUUUUGGAACUGUCUAUCUGGUGUCAGACAAGAAAGCCAAACAGGGGGAGGAGCUAAAGGUACUCAAGGAAAUCUCUGUUGGAGAAUUAAACCCAAAUGAAACUGUUCAGGCCAGUGUGGAAGCCCAGCUCCUUUCCAAGCUAAAUCAUCCAGCCAUUGUCAAGUUCCAUGCAAGCUUCGUGGAGCAGGAUAAUUUCUGCAUUAUCACAGAAUACUGUGAGGGCCGAGAUCUGGACUAUAAAAUUCAGGAAUACAAAGAAGCUGGGAAAAUCUUUCCUGAAAAUCAGAUUGUGGAAUGGUUUAUCCAGUUGUUGCUUGGAGUUGAUUAUAUGCACGAGAGGAGGAUACUCCAUCGAGACUUGAAAUCAAAGAAUGUAUUUCUGAAAAAUAAUCAACUUAAAAUCGGGGAUUUUGGAGUUUCUCGACUGCUAAUGGGAUCGUGUGAGCUGGCUACAACUUUAACCGGGACUCCCCAUUAUAUGAGUCCUGAGGCCCUGAAGCACCAAGGCUAUGAUGCCAAGUCUGACAUCUGGUCACUGGCAUGCAUUUUAUACGAGAUGUGUUGCUUGGAUCACGCGUUUGCUGGUUCCAGUUUCUUGUCUGUGGUUUUAAAUAUUGUUGAAGGCAACACACCUUCACUUCCUGAGAGAUUCUCACGAGAACUAAACACCAUCAUGGAAUGCAUGUUGAACAAGAGUCCUUCCUUGAGACCAUCUGCUAUAGAAGUUUUAAAAAUCCCUUACAUCGAAGAGCACCUUCAGCACCUGAUGUGUAAAUAUUCAGACGCGACGCUGGAAGGCAAGAACUCGGUUUGUCAGAAGGAUGCUGUUCAUAUAAUUAGUGCCAUGCAGAAAAAGAUCCACCUGCAGACUCUGCAAGCCCUGUCUGAAGUGCAGAAAAUGACUCCGAGGGAAGGGAUGCAACUGAGGAAGCUGCAGGCCACUGAUGAGAAAGCCAGGAAGCUGAAAAAGAUUGUGGAAGAAAAAUAUAAAGAAAAUAGCAAGCAGAUGAAAGACUCAAGAUUCCAGGAGUUUGAACCUCUAGGAGUUGGUGUGCCCCAUGAAUUAGAUGAACGGACUUCCGAGAACCUGCCUGACCCUCAGUCCCUUCCUUCCCUGGACCUCGGCGAAGUAGAGUCAAGUUUAGACGACACCAUAGUUGGCCUUGGACAUUAUGGGAUCCCAGAAGACCCGCUGGUUGCUGAGGAGUAUUAUACCGAUGCAUUUGAUUCCUGUUCUGAGGAGAGUGAGGAGCAGGAGGAAGAAAUGGUGUUCUCAGAAGCAGAGGGAGAAAUGACGGACAAGGAAGCCCCACCUGCUUACAGAACAAACCAACAGGACAGUGAUAUUGAAGCCCUGGUUGGGUGUUUGGAAAAUGUCCUGGGUUGCACCUCUCUAGACACAAAGACCGUUACCAGGGCGGCUCCAGACAUGUCCCCCGGACCAUCAGUUUUCAACAGCGCCAUGGCCCGGACCAAGAUGAAACACAUGAAGGAAUCAGCCAUGCAGAAGCUAGGAACGGAAGUGUUUGAGGAGGUCUACAGUUACCUCAGGAGAGCAAGGCAUCAGAAGGCCUGUGAAGCAGAGAUCCGGGAGCACCUGGAGACGGUGGUUCCUCGAGCCAGCGACUGCUUUGAAGUCGACCAGCUCCUCUACUUUGAGGACCAGCUGCUGACCACAGAAGGAAGAGAGCCCACUCUCCAGAGCCGCCACUGUGAAGCUGCCACCAAAGAAGCACAUAACUUUCUGUGACAAUCGAUGGGGUUUACACUCUGAACUACACUGUGGGAAACCAGUGCGCAACUGGAGCCGCCAUCUUUACC